GCGAAGGGUGAAAUAAUAUAUUUCUCAGGGGUGAAAAAGCAAUUAUAAUCUCAACCGGCCUGCUCAGGCAUCAUCACUCGCUAUGCCCUGCAUUUAGGGUUUCCGCCGGCGGCCGUCAAUCGAAGGAAGUCGCUGGAUCAGAGCAGAGAUGGUGAACGUUCCCAAAACAAAGAAGACAUAUUGCAAGAAUAAAGAGUGCCGGAAGCAUACUCUCCAUAAAGUCACUCAGUACAAGAAGGGUAAGGAUAGUCUUUCUGUACAAGGAAAGCGUCGUUAUGACCGCAAGCAAUCUGGUUAUGGUGGACAAACUAAGCCUGUUUUCCACAAGAAGGCCAAAACCACGAAGAAGAUCGUACUGAAGCUGCAAUGUCAAAGCUGCAAGCAUGUAUCUCAGCAUCCCAUCAAGAGGUGCAAGCAUUUCGAGAUCGGUGGAGACAAGAAGGGGAAGGGGACAUCUCUCUUCUAGCUGGCUUAUCUCUGUUUUAAUGUGUUCUAUUGUUUUAUUGUCUUUGGAAAUGCAAUUAGAAGUUUGGAUGUUUAUGUUUUUAUUUGUUUCCUUCCAGGUCAUCUGAUAUGAACUGAGAACUAAUGUCACCAUAUCUUUUCAAGUGUAAUGCUUGGAUGCUAUGAAACUUUUACUGGGUGUUGUGUCU